AUGGCGAAACCAAAAGGAGACGAACUGAAUCAAAUCCUUUCUUGUUAUCUCAACACCAUCAACGAUACUCUCCAGUUGUUCGAGCAAUCUCCUCCGCCGACACAAACCAAAUUAAGCUGGAACGAUGUUCUUCAUAUGUCUGAUCAUCUCUCCAAACAAGCCACCAUAGUGGGAAUGCUAUGGACUGGAGGAGAAACUCCAAAAGCUGAAUCACUAAAGGAGACAAUGGAGUCAUACUUCAACGCGCUCCAAGGAUUUUUGCUGCAUUGCCAUGGAAGCCUUGUUGCUGCUAAACCUACACUUUCGUCAUCCAUACAAGUCUCUGUUAAGCAAAUCUUUAAUUCCAGCUUCAAACUGUUGCAGGGCUCUGUCUCUCUAUACGAGGAAUCAUAUGAGAAACACAAGAAGCCAUUGAUUCCACAGCUUACAGGAGCAGUGUGGGAGGCAUGCUCUAACUUAAAGAAAGUUCCUACAACAAACAUCAAAGCGAUUGGUCGUGCGAUGACACAGGUCGCUGUUUCGUUGCAAGAUGUUCUUAGGGAGAUGAAAGAACUAAAACCAGCUUCUUGUUCUUCUUCUUCACCUGAGGAUGAUGAUGAUGGUGCUACUGCAGACUCAGAUGAUGAUGAUUUAGGGGAUGACUUGUCUCCUGAAGAGCUAGAAGUAGCUAAUAUGGUAGCUGAUAUUGUCUCUGAGACGCUUACGGUUGUGAAAGAGCUUAUUCAUGUUAUUACAGGAAGGAUUAAGAUGGAGAAUCCAAAGGAUGAUAGUGAGUUUGUGGAUUGGUUUGAGAAGUUACUAAAGUUGUGUCAAGGAGUGGGAGUAGAGAUUGAUGAGCUUGGAGCUUGUGUUUAUCCUCCGCAGGAGUUGAGUCUCAUGAAAGAGACGGUGGAGAGAAUAAGAGGGUACGUUGGUGAGAUUGAGGAUGAUGUUGUUAAGGGUUUAAAGAAUUCUUCUUCUUCUUCUUCUUCUUCUUCAUCAGAAGCUUUCUUGGGAACAUGCAGAAGGCUAAAGAGUUUGAUUGAACAUAUGGUAACAGAGAUGGAGACAAGAAUCGAUGCUCAAGUAGUAGUCUCCAAAUUGCAGAAUGUUACUCUUUAA